GUGGCCAAUUUUGCCAACUAUUUCCGGAAUAAUAAGUUUCCUUGAGGUGACGUUUGCUAUUAUUGUCUGUAAGGUGUGUUAACGGCAUUAUAAACGUCGUCAUAUUUCUAAAAUUUUAAAUACUGUUUUUUUUCAUGCGAAAUAUCAUAUUAUCGAAAUAAAUAAAACAAUACGUAGCAUCAAUUUUACCAAGCAAAAGAAUAUUAAUUUAAGUAUUUUGAAUCAGAGUCUUCUUAAACAAAAUGGGCCUAACAAUUAGUAGCCUACUUACUCGGCUUUUUGGUAAAAAGCAAAUGAGAAUAUUAAUGGUGGGUCUGGAUGCUGCUGGAAAAACUACUAUAUUAUAUAAACUAAAACUUGGUGAAAUUGUCACAACAAUACCUACCAUUGGUUUCAAUGUUGAAACUGUUGAAUACAGGAAUAUAUGUUUUACGGUAUGGGAUGUUGGUGGUCAAGAUAAAAUCAGACCACUUUGGAGACAUUAUUUCCAAAAUACACAAGGUCUCAUCUAUGUUGUUGAUAGUAAUGAUCGGGAACGUAUUGGAGAGGCAGAACGUGAAUUAGCAAACAUGUUAAAAGAAGAUGAACUAAGGGAUGCAGUUCUUUUAGUUUUUGCUAAUAAACAAGACUUACCAAAUGCCAUGUCUGCAGCAGAACUUACAGAUAAAUUAGGAUUGAAUUCUUUACGUGGACGUCAUUGGUAUAUUCAAAGUACUUGUGCUACUCAAGGACAUGGACUCUAUGAAGGACUUGAUUGGUUGAGUAAUGAACUAGCUAAAAAGUGAUAAAAAUACUGUAUCCAUAAUCUUCAUGAACAAUUUAUUCAUUGAGCAUGGACGUAGAAGACAUGUUGCAAUUUCCAUUUUGUCAGAUUACGCACUAUGUGUACGAUUUAAUACCACUGUGAUUGUAAUUUUUAAGAGGAAAACUACUUGAAGUAAUAGAAAUAUAACUUGACUGUCUCAGUAUUAAAAAUUAACUGAGUCAGUGUUGAAUGCUAAAGCAAGUUUUAUUUUCAAAAUGAAAUUUUAUUUUAAAAAAAAAGCUGUAAAAUAGAUGAGUGCAUAAAUUUAUCAGUUAUAUAUCUGUUUGCUAAUCAAUAGAAGAUAUUGUGAGUUUAUUUAAAAAGUGUAUCCUGAAUUUAUAAUAAAUAUAAAAUAUUUCUACAUUAAUUUUAAUAUACAUAUUUUUAUUUGAAAAGAAUAUAUAUUAUUUGUUUAAUAAAUUAUCAUUAUUUCUUCACUAUAAAAAAAAAAAAGAAAAUAAUAAACUUUUUAUACUUUGCUAUGCACUUUGCUCUGCGUCUAUGUAGCAAAUUAAAAAUGAAAUAUUAUAUAUAUAUGUAUAUAUAUAAUAUUUUAUGUAUAUAUAUUAUUUAACAUAUAGUUUUUACUAUUUUGUUUUUUGAAUAAAUAAUAGUAUAGAAUAAAUAAUAUUAACAGUAAGAAUAAAGUAUAAGAAUAAACAUUUAAAAUAUAUAUCUUUUUCUUCCUUACUAACUAAUAAUUUUUUCUUAUAAAGAUAUAUGAUUUUUAUUGUAAAAUAUCAUUAUAAAUUUAAAAAAUUAUUAGAAAUAAAAAUAUAAAUUAUAAUUUUA